GCAGCAGAAGAAAGGACGGAAGAAUCGAAAGAGACACGACAACACAGGGUAGGGUCACGUUCAACACCAGCUAACCUGCUAAAAGGAUCACUUGACUUUGACAGCUUUAGCCGACGCCUACUUUCGUUUAACUUUAUUUGGAAUUUAUCGAGUUUCUUCGUGAUCUCCUGAAACGAUGAUGUACUCCGCUUUCAACACGGAUUGUGACUCUUCUUCUCGCUGUAGUACUGCUUCUCCAGCCGGCGAUAACCUGGCUUACUACAACUCUCCUGAGGGAUCUUACUCCAGCAUGGGCUCUCCCCAAUCUCAGGACUUCACAGACCUGACUUCAGUGUCCAGUGGUUCGUCCUUCAUCCCUACUGUUACAGCCAUCUCUGCCAGCCCAGACCUGCAGUGGAUGGUCCAGCCGCUUUCCUCUGUGGCCCCUUCUCACAGAGCCCAUCCCUACAGCGCCAGCCCCCCAACCUACACUAAAGCCAUGAGGAACAAGGGCCACAGCUCUGGGCGCAGAGGCAAAAUGGAACAGCUUUCUCCUGAGGAGGAGGAGAAGAAGAGAGUCCGUAGAGAGAGGAACAAGCAAGCAGCAGCUAAAUGCCGCAACCGGAGGAGGGAGCUCACUGACACUCUGCAGGGUGAAACUGACGAGCUGGAGGAUGAGAAGUCUGCUCUCCAGAACGACAUCGCCAACCUGCUCAAAGAGAAAGAGAAGUUAGAGUUCAUCCUGGCAGCCCACCAGCCCAUCUGCAAGAUCCCCUCUGAUAUGGACACUGCUUUCCCCACCGUCGUCCCCAACCACGGGGUCUCCAUCCAGCUGUCCCAGCCUCAGCGCAUGGUCUCCAGCUCUGCUGCUCCCCUCACCUCCACCUCGGCCUCCAUAUUCUCCAGCAGUCCCUUCCUGUCCACCGCCUCAAUCUCAGUCUCCGACGUCAAGUUGGCCGACCUGGACACAGCCUGCCUGGAGGAGUCCCUUUCUCUCCUCACCAAGACUGAGUUGGAGACGGCCCGGUCGGUGCCCGAGGUCGAUCUGACCAGCUCCCUGUACACCCAGGACUGGGAGCCCCUCUACAGCACAGCCAAUAAUGACUUUGAGCCCCUGUGCACACCUGUAGUCACCUGCACCCCGUCCUGCACUACCUACAAGUCUUCGUUCGUCUUUACCUACCCAGAGGCUGAGGCCUUCCCUACCUGUGGCGUGGCCCACCGGAGAGGCAGCACCAGCAAUGACCAGUCCUCUGAUUCCCUCAACUCCCCUACCCUACUAGCCCUGUGAGGAGAACUUCAAGUUGAGUCCCAAAUGUCUCCAUAUAGUGUGCACUGCUUAGGGCUCUGGUCAAAAGUGGUGCAUGUGACAUUUGGAACCCCCCCCCCCCUCUUCUUCCACACAACACGACUUCCUCUAGAGCACAUUUGGCACUUCAUGGGCAGUCCCAGUAUGUGGUAGAUGUGCAGAAUGAUCGCAGGGCUAUGGAAUGGACUUGGACACACACAACCAGGAAGCAACAUAAAUGAUUUGUUUACUAAGUUUUGUCUUGACUAUAAUCGGCUAUUACUUGCCUCUUUCAACUAUAUAGCAAGUUAAAGCAUGUUUAACUUAUAACACAUAAUAGUUUGGGUUUACAAACCGUAUAUUGAUUUUAUGGUACUCGAUAACAAAGUUGUUGUUAGUGUUGAUGACUUGUGUUCUUCAGAACAAUAUAGUUAUCAUGACCGGUUUGUUUUCUGGUUGUUUGAAUGUGAACUUUGAUGUUUGUGAUAUAAAAAAAAACAAAAACAUGA